UACUUCUACUUCUUUCCGGUGUCGAUUGUCGAGAACAGCAGUCGUAUUCUUCCUUCGGUAUUCUCCAUCCUACAGAAAAAUGACAUCUAAGGUUUCGCGUGAUACUCUUUAUGAGUGUGUAAAUGGCGUGCUGACGAACUCACAAGAAAAGAAGAGGAAUUUCUUGGAGACUAUAGAACUUCAGAUUGGUUUGAAGAAUUAUGAUCCGCAAAAGGACAAACGUUUCUCAGGCACUGUCAAGUUGAAGAAUAUCCCCAGACCAAAAAUGCAAGUAUGCGUUCUUGGUGAUCAACAGCAUUGCGAUGAGGCUAAGGCUAAUAAUAUUCCAUAUAUGGAUGCAGAGGCACUGAAAAAGCUUAAUAAAAACAAGAAACUCGUAAAAAAACUCGCAAAAAAAUACGAUGCGUUCUUAGCGAGUGAGUCAUUGAUCAAGCAAAUUCCUCGUCUUCUCGGUCCCGGCUUGAACAAGGCCGGCAAAUUCCUGGUUUUGUCUCACCAAGAAUCUAUGGUCGGCAAAAUCGACGAAGUCAAAGCUACUAUCAAGUUUCAAAUGAAGAAGGUAUUAUGUCUAUCAGUAGCUGUCGGACAUGUUGAUAUGACACCCGAUGAAUUGGUACAAAAUGUUCAUCUGUCGAUCAAUUUCCUCGUCUCAUUGUUGAAGAAACACUGGCAGAACGUGCGUUCGCUUCAUAUAAAAUCUACUAUGGGACCACCACAGAGAUUGUACUAAAGUUACACUUGGUACAAGAUACACGUCGAAUAUAAAUUUAUUCGCAAUAAAAGAGAAAAAAAAUUA